UUAUCAGCAUACAUACACACGCACUGUUCUUCGUACACGAUACACAUCGAGAGAGAGAGAGAGAGAGAAGAGAGAGAUUUGCAAAAAAAAACAGAAAGAGAAGAGAGAUGGGUCCAUUGUAGUCCUCUUCCUAAAUUGAAAGCUUUUUCCUCCAAGACACGAUCCGGGUCUGCCGCUCCUCUCUCUCUCUCUAUCUCUCUCUCUCUCUCUCUCUCUCUCUCUCUUAUUCAUUUUUAUUUCGUGCAAGCAGCCACUAAAGUUCUAAACAGUGUUUUCACAAAUCGUGGAAAUGGACGACCAGUACGGAGGCAUGGCAGAUCUCAGGCAGUACAUGAACGGAGGAAGGGCUCACUUCGCGGCCAUCCCACCAGCACCAGGAGACCUAUUCUCCGGCGGCCGGAACCUGACUCUCGAAUCUCAACACCACCACCACAACAACCCCUACCUGGUGCAGCAGCCACAUGGGGGGAUUCUACAACACCACGAGUUUCCCUCUGAUUCAACAGGACGAGGAGGAGGGGGAGCAGCCGCGGCGUCGAGCGGUGCUAGUCUGAACGGGCUGGAGAUGGACGGCGGAGUUGGGUUUGGGGAUGGUGGUGGUGGUGGCGGGAGUGGAAGGUGGCCUAGACAAGAGACCUUGACACUACUUGAGAUCAGAUCUAGGCUUGAUUCUAAGUUCAAGGAAGCUAAUCAAAAGGGUCCCUUGUGGGAUGAAGUCUCUAGGAUAAUGUCUGAGGAACAUGGGUAUCAAAGGAGUGGGAAGAAAUGCAGAGAGAAAUUCGAAAACCUGUACAAGUAUUACAAGAAGACUAAAGAAGGGAAAGCCGGUAGACAAGACGGCAAACACUAUAGAUUUUUCCGGCAGCUCGAAGCUCUCUACGGCGACCAUGUCACUCCUAUUUCAACCUCAGACGCCCAUCUAAUGGGAAACAAUUUCCACUUCCACAACCCAAACAACUCUAAUAUUGCACAACCGCCAAACCAAGAGUCCUUGUUCCAGGCUCCAAAGCAUUGUGAUAGUCACAGCCUCAGCUUGUCCAACUCGUCCGAAUUCGACACUUCUUCGUCCGACGGAAAUGAAACGAACAAGAAGAAGAGGGCGGGUAGAAGGAGUUGGAAAUCCAAGAUAAGGGACUUCAUUGACAUGCAAAUGCGGAAGCUAAUGGAGAAACAAGAGGAGUGGCUGGAGAAGAUGAUGAAGACACUCGAAAGGAAGGAACAAGAGAGGGCGAUGAGGGAAGAAGAGUGGAGGAAGCAAGAGAGGGAGAGAGUUGAGAGAGAGCACAAGUUUUGGGCUAACGAGAGAGCGUGGAUUGAAGCUCGCGAUGCGGCUCUAAUGGAGGCCUUGAACAAGUUGACUGGAAAAGAAGAUGCGAAAGGUGAGGAAACACACCGGAACGAGAACGGAAGCGAAACAAUUUCCAAUGAGAAUUGGAGGGGCGAGAGUUGGCCUGAAAGCGAGAUUACAAAGAUGAUAGAAUUGAGGGUGGGCAUGGAGUCAAGGUUUCAACAAAGUGGGAGUUUAGAAGAGGUUGUUUGGGAGGAAAUCGCGGCGAAAAUGGGGUGUUUUGGGUAUGAUAGGAGUGGGCUAAUGUGUAAAGAGAAGUGGGAUAGGAUCAACAAUUACAUUGGGAAAACUAGCAAGAAAAGGAAAGAGAAUUAUCCAAGGGGAUCUUGUUACUAUCAAGGGAAUGAAGGAAUUUAUCAUCAAGGAGGAGGUGGAGGGGGAGGGUAUUGUGAAAUCAUCAAUGAACAAAGGCCAGAGAUCAUAACAAGAAUCGCACCGAGUGAUCAUGGUUCUUCGACGCCGAAUUCAAACGCUGGAAAUGCAAUUCCGGAUAGCUGUUUUAGGUUCUUGGUUGGUAGUGAUGAACAUGGGGAGAAUUUGUGGGAAAAUUAUGGCCAUGUGAGGAUUGGCAAGGGAGGAAAUUGAUGAUCACUAAAUCAGGUAAACAUUUUGUCAAUGUUUUGUGUUUGCAUCUUGGGGGGGAAUUUGGAUAGUGCAAAAUUGAAAGAAAUUUGAGAAGCUAAUUAUGCGCUUUCUCAUUUUUUUUUUUUUUUUUUACUUUGUUAAUUUUCUUUUUCGAUCUUCUGUAAAUUCCUCUUCAAAAUCUAUGAUCUGAACAUAGCUAGCAUGUUGUGUGAAGGGGCCCUUAAUUAAACAAGGUGGGAAGAUCUUGGCAACUGAUUGGUUAUUGAUUUAAAGGUAAGAGAUUUGAACUUUUGUUUUUCCAUGAUAUGAGAUUAAUUUGACUGA